AUGUCUUCACCUCCAGACAUGAGAGGGUGGUCCCCGGUCAUCAGGUUGGAGAGGUGGCUACACUGGGCAAGGUCUCAGAAGCUGCCCGUGUACAGGCAGUACCCGGAAAAGUCUGCAAGAAUUGACAAGGAACUCAAAUCAGUCUCCUGGGAUUUCGAUUUGUCGGCUUUUCCUCGCCUUGGGGACCAAGAAUGCUGGAAGCGCAUGUACUCUGCACUUCGGUAUCCGGCACGCAACCCCAACGAGCAUUACUAUAUCAAUGCACUCAACGCUGUCGAUUGCGAGGUGUCGAGGAUCCUCAACAAUGGGAGCAUGCACCAGACACUCGUCGACUUGGCGAGGAAGGCCGGCUUCGACGCGCGCAAAUGUUGCGACCCGUCGCUCUCGAAGGAGCAAAGAAAAUAUGAGCCUCCGAAAGGAUCUCGGCAGAUGGACAGUGCUGACGCACACACAAAUGACAAUCUAGGGGCACUCCCUUCCGGGCAAGUUGGUCUGCAGGAACCGCGCAACUUCGCGGCUCUCUCGGAGCUCUUGUUUCAGCAGGAGGCCCUCAAAGAGAAGAACGAGGCUGCAGCUGCUUAUACGACUCCAACAAGCGCUGUUGCGCCCUUGACCGGCAAUGGAGGCGGCUCGCAUCGACAUGCGAGCGCGUCCUCUUUUGAAGGCCCCAGAACUGAGCCAAAGGCAUUAGCAAAGAGUGCCACGAUGGACAAGCACGUUGGCUUGCAAUCGAGCAAACAGCCCUUGUCGGUUCAAGAGUCAGACGUUGCUGGAAGACUGUGUUCCGAGGGAACAAUCAGGGACCUCACAGAUCGAACGGUACAUCCGAUAUCCAGCGACCCAGAUUCGAAAAUGAAAGUCAACGGAUUUGUUAUCCCAAAGAGACAGCGCGGGGGUAGCGUCCAGCAAGAGAAGGCUAUAGCCUUUGCGAGGCCAGAGUCGAGAUCAGCAACGAGCACACCCUCGAGAGGAGGGCCAUCUGGUUCCCAACCCCCGCUCUCGAAGCAGCCUCCUAUUCAGGCCCACACACACGCUCAGCGAACUUUGGAACAACAGACUCGACGAGAAUCGAGUGGUUCCUUGAGCGGCUCUCUACCCCAGCAUGGCGCAUUGGCCAGAAGACCGAGUGGUACUAAGGGAUGCGAACUGUCGACGCCGUCAACUCCACCGCCACAAGCCUCUUCCAGCAAAAUCCAGCAACGCGGUAGUCUAGUAGUCAAUGCAGAGUCUCAAGAGCAAAGUGCUCCACUGGCAGAACACAAGACGGCUAAGCAACCCGUUGUGGUCUCGACCCAGGAAAACACGACCCAAGGGCAAAACCUCACAAGUGCGAUGACGAAGAAGCUUGAGGCGACUAUCAACCAGAAUCUCCUGGAAGCAAUCCGAGGAGUCUACCGCAGCUGUCCCAAGUUGAUGGAGGGAAAGAUACGAGGAUGGCUUGACGGCCCAGAGUACCGCUCCAUGGGAUUCGCUGUUCUCCGAGACGUUGAAAGCGAGACGACGAAGAUGGUUAGAGAGUCUCUCGUCGCCAAGAUGAGGGCCAUGGAGCAAAUUGUCAAGGGCUCUGAGAAUCGGCAUCAAGCGGAGUCACCCCGGGACACCAAGCGCAAGGCCGAUGAAAAGGAUGCGGAAGGAGGUGACCAGAGUCAACAGGCUGCGAAGCGGCAGCGGGGCGACGGUGGUGGCAGUGGUUGUACUGCAUGA